AUGGUCAAUUUAUUGACCCAUGGUGUGACAUAUGGAUCAUCCUUGGGAUCUGCCACACCCAACCCUCUAGUCUCACCUGAUCCUAGCAUUAAAGUUUCUUAUUUCAUUGAUACUCAUACCAGAACCUGGAAUAUGUCCAUACUCAACACCCACUUUGAUAAUGCUACUGUUAAGAAGAUUGUCACUAUUCCAUUAAGUCAGCUUUGCACUCCCGACAAGAGGGCUUGGGAUCUUUCAAAGAAUGGCAAGUUUUCUUCAAAAUCUGCCUACACGGGACUCAGAGGUCUUAGACCUUCCCCAUGUAAAAACCUUUGGAUGCACGUUUGGAAAAUCUGGGUUCCUUGCAGAAUCCAAGUCUUCACAUGGAAAGCUGCUAGAAAUGCUCUCCCUUCCAGAACUAUCUUAUAUACCAGAAUGCUUAUGCAUAAUGUUGAUUGUGCUAGGUGUAAUGAUCCUCAAGAGUCCAUAUUAUAUUCUUUGGCUCUCUGGCCCUUUGCUAGUCGAGUUUGGUUUCUUUCUGAUUUCUGCAUCGACUCUCAGUUUUUUCAAAAUAAAUUCUUCAUUGAUUGGUUAUUGUUUUGGUUAAUUGAUCAUUUGUCUAGACUUCCUGAUGAAGCUCAAUGUAUUUUUGUUGCAAUUCUAUGGUCUCUGUGGACUAGUAGGAAUAACCUUAUUUUCCAAAACAUUCAGGAAAACCAUACUACUUUCCUUGUUAGAGCUAGAUCUAUGUUAUUAACUAGGAAAACAUGUCUCACGGUCUCUCAUACUACCCCUGUAAACCUUUGUGUUGGAUGGAUAAAAUGUAAUAUUGAUGGUGCCUAUGAUGAUAUUUCUGGAUCUAAUGGUGCAGGAUUUGUGAUGAGGGAUUUCUCAAAAAAAGCUUCCUUUUGUGCUUCCCUGGUCUUUGAAGUAAAAUCUGCUGAAGAAGCUGAAGCCAGAGCUAUUUGUGCAGUCUUGAAGAAAGCCUUGGAGCAACAGUUAACUCAUGUCAUUGUAGAAAGUGAUGCUAAAACUCUUAUCGACCAAUUUUCAGCUGGCCAGUUCGAUGGAGACUCGUGUACAGAUGAUAUCUUUAAAGACAUUCAGUUUUUCUCCUCUAAAUUAGUAGCUUGUAUUUUUAGUUUUCAACCGCGUGUUUGUAAUUUUGUAGCUCAUGAACUAGCCCAAUGGGCAGAAACAAACAAUGCCUCUAUGUACUGGUUUGUGCCUCUUGUUUGGCUCUUGCCAAUAGUAGAGGGGGGUCAUUAG